CAUUACAGAAUGAUCACAGAAACGGUUAUUGAGAUAUUUUUGAGAAUUGAGAAGAUGACGGCAAUCGGAGAAGUUGAGAACCCCACCGUUGUGCAGCGACCAACAGAGGCUUCCAAGGUUAAGGAGCAGGCUCCGGCGACGGAUAAGAAACCUAGGGCUCCCAAAGAGAAGAAGCCUAAAUCUGCCAAGGCUGUUACUCAUCCUCCUUAUUUUCAGAUGAUUAAGGAGGCUCUGUUGGCUCUGAACGAGAAAGGUGGAUCGAGUCCGUAUGCAGUUGCUAAAUACAUGGAAGACAAACAUAAGGAUGAAUUACCAGCAAAUUUCAGGAAAAUUCUAGGUCUUCAAUUGAAGAAUUCUGCAGCAAAGGGGAAGCUAAUCAAAAUCAAGGCUUCGUACAAACUAUCUGAGGCUGGAAAGAAGGAGACUACAACAAAAACAUCUACCAAAAAGCUCCCCAAGGCCGAUUCUAAGAAGAAACCUAGAAGCACCAGGGCCACUGCAACUGCAGCGAAGAAAACAGAGGUGCCGAAGAAAGCAAAAGCGACGCCAAAACCGAAGAAGGUUGGAGCCAAGAGGACAAGGAAGUCUACUCCGGCGAAGGCAAAGCAGCCAAAGUCUAUCAAGUCUCCUGCUGCUAAAAGGGCCAAGAAAAUUGCAGUUUAAGCAUGGCGGUGGGAUAAUACAGACUGUAUAUAGGAGGAAUAAUGGUUUGCUGCUUGUAGCUCUGUAAAUAGGAAAAUGAAGCUUAGCUUUUACUUUCAGUCAUCUAGUUCGGUAGUGUAGGUCGGGUUUGCUGAAGUUUGGUUAAUGAAGGCUCUGUGUCUCUGCAAAUUAAGGCGUUGUUCUGUCAAUAAUCAUCUUUUUUCUGCAACAUGCUUUCUUUCAAAUUUGCCGAGUUACUUUUGUAAUGAUCAUUAAUGGCAUUGUAUAAUCAUUGAUUGGUCGACGAU